AUGAUUUAAACCGAAAAUGUGCAACAGUAAUUUAAUAAACAAGUAAAUUAGUUGCUCAUGAAUACAAGAGUUUAUUACAAUAUUUUUGUGUCGAUUGGACCUUUGGUUUAAAAAAAACUAAUUUUGUAAAUUGUAAAUAUUGAACUGCCAAAUAUAAAACUUUCUAAAAUGUAUAUUUGGUUGUCUAAUCGUAAAUUCAUAUGUAGAAGGUAACCGGUAAUUACAGAUUCAUUAAUAAAGGUCAAUCUGAAAAUUUAUUUAAUGUAUUAUUUCAGCCUUUUAGGAUUUCGAAUGGAGACAUUUUUUAUUACUGUUUUGAACUCGGUUUUGAAUUUUUGUAAACUUCUGGAGAAUUUUGGUGAAACGCAGUUGGCAAACCACAUAACCUAACUUCAUAAAAAAUGUUUUUAUUUUCUGGUGCGAUAUUUUAGCUAAUUUAUAAAAUUAUGGAAAAAUCUGUGUACGCGUUAACUGAGCACGAGGUUUUUACCCGUGAGUUUCUCUUUUUAUACAAGCAAAAUCCAAUAUUAUGGCAGCAGAAACACCCCCAGUAUAGAAAUCGGGCCUUGCGGUCUGAGGCCUACGCCACUAUUGUGAAAAAAUGCCAGGAGUUUUACACUGAAGCUGACGAAGAUUUCGUCAGAAUGAAAAUUGACUCAAUGCGGUCCACAUUUCGCAAAGAACGUAAAAAAGUGUUGCAAUCAAAAGAAACCGCGACCAAGCCUGAAGACGUCUACAAACCGUCUUUGUGGUACUAUGAUCUGCUGUUGUUCACUGCUGGGGAGGACGCCGAAAGCGAGUCAAUGAAUGAUCUCAAAGCUGAGGAAGUUUUGUCGGCGGGAAGUAAUCCUGAAGACGGCAAUUCUGUGAAAAUUCCGUUCUGGAGUAGAGAAUACUCAGCUAUUUUAAUUAAUUUUUACAAAAGUUACCCAUGUUUGUACUCCAUGUUACAUCCACAUUACAAAAAUAAGAAAAAAAGAGAAGACGCUGUUAAAAAAAUUACAGAAAAGUUAAUGGAAGCCACGGGGAAGUAUUUCCAUUCAAGUGACGUGCGUAGGAAAAUUUCCUUAAUUCGAGGUCAGUUUUUAUACGAGUACAAAAAAAUUAAAAAUAGUGAGAGCAAAGGAGACAAUUAUAAACCAAGUUUAUGGUGUUUUGAUAUGUUGAGUUUUCUCCAUGAAGAGUACGCAAAUAAGAAUAAAAUCGCUGUUAAGAAAACAGAAAGACGCAUGAACUUGCGGCCUAAAAUCAAACGGAAAAAUAUUUCUUCUGAAGACUCAGACGAGGACAUGAAUAUUAAAAAAGAAUCAGAUUCAUCUCUAUCUUCUGAAAGUAUUCACCCUGAAAUUAAAGAAACAGAUGACGAGGACCUUUUUGACACAACUGGUAAAAGUUUGGCUCGCAUUUUGCGAGAAAUGACCGACGAGCAACGAACUUUCGCAAAUAAGAUUAUCAGAGAAGUCAUGUACCAUGGCCAAAUGGAACAUUUAACAUCCAGUUCAAGGUUCAGUUUAGAUGGCAGUUAAAUAAAACAUCAGGGUUAUUCAAGAUAGUAACAACUGAAAGAAAUAUUGAUAAAGGUCUUGAUACCGAAAAAAUUCUUCUUACUCAUUUGAGGGACGGCAAAUAGUAAUGUUGGUUGGUACAACUGCAAAAUUUUGAUAAAUUGAGGCCCUACGAAUGUUGGCACCAUUAUCAAUUUGCAACCUUUGGCAAAAAAGUUGAGGAAAAUUCCUACCAUUCCAUAUAUAUGGAAAAGAGGAAGGAAAACAGGGAUAACAUCCUGGAAAUUACCUAAAACUGGAGUUAGAACCAAAACUAUGUUUUUCACGCACUUUUAGUCUCCAAAUUGACCAGGAAAUCAGGCGACGACAUUUGGUAUAAAUUUGAAACCACAUUUUUGUGAGUAAGUUGCACACCUUUAGACAGACCUGUAGUCCCACUGGAGUAGGGCAAAAGGGCAACAUCAUCGGGGUUUAAAAAAUCAGAUAUACUACUAUUUCUAAUAUCACACAAUUUGCUUAAUUUAAUACAGUCAACUGGCAUACUGUCGCUCUGUAAAAUGAAACAAUGAAAAAAUUAAAAAAAAAAUUGUUAGUUUUUAGUACAGGUUUAAUUUCUGCCAAGACAGUAGGAAUCUUCCUUCCAAGUAUUUUUGUGCAUUUAUUUAUUACUGGCAUGAGUUCUCUUAUUGUGAAAAUUAGUUUUGAAUCUGAGUCGGCGAGUUGGACAGCCAUUUCAUCUAUAACUUUUUAUUAAUUUUAUUCAAUAUUAAUUUUUUUUGUUAACCUGGGGUGUAGUAAGGGUUCACUGUGGUAACCACAAGUCCCGCUUGAAUGGUUCCUAAAAAAACGAUAGGAAAAUCUGGGACAUUUGGUAAUACAACAGCAACAAUAUCUCCUCUGUUUAGUUGGAACUUAUUAUGCAAAACUCCUGCUAAAGCUAAGCUUUUGUUGUAAAUUUCUCCAAAAGUGUACGAUUUUGUAGUAUUAAAACAGAUCUGAACGAA